CUGUUUAUUUCGCACCCAUGCUUCUCAUAUUUCCGUUCGUUCUUUUUUUCCCCCUAGGAAUCAGGCAACUACGGCUAUCGCAAUCUAUCCCCACCUUCCUCUAACGGAUAUGCUUCUGGCUGUCCUUUCUCCUUGUGCUUCUCUUUUCACCUCUCUCCCUACCACUAUUAUUUCUGAUGCCUUCUUUUUCACCCUUUCACCCUCUCUUUUCACCUUUGUAUGUACGUACGAUACUCUGGUAGGGCGUUUAUAGUACUAGCCGAUUUAUAAGCUAUCUAGAAACCCCAGUAUCAGGGCUCCCUGGUACUUUAUGAAUGGACUAGUAGGUCACCUUUCUGACCAUAUCGAUAGUUUCUUCAGGGCUUGUCCGGGGUGGUUGAAAAUGGGGGUUGUGAAAUCACUGUCAUCGAUGCUUGUGUCCCGGCGUAUUACUCGAGUGCACAGUAUGUGACGGACACCGCAUCAUUGUUGGUGACGAUCUAGCUUUUGGGAUGAGAUGGGGAUUGAAUACCGGUACUGUACUAUAUAGACUACCGUACUAGGGGAGUGAAAGCUUACGGGUAGUCUAUCCGACCCACAACCCAAGUACUAACAGUGUGGACGAGCGAAUUUUCACCCGAGAAGCUUGUCCCAUAAAUUUAUGCAAGCUAAAGUAGCCGUCGUAGAUUUAGUCAAAAUGCCACACGAUAAACCUCCCGGCCCCGCAUUCCCCACCCACCCUUUUUUUCGUCACUCCGGCCCAAGCAAGUCUCGUAAGUCAUCAAACCGAAUCCCUCCCCUCUCCCUUCCACCACCAAUUCAACGACCCACCCGCCAAGCCUCACUCACCCAUAUCUAUUAUACAAAUCCCAAAGCUCCACCCUGUCCCCUUCCAUCCAGUUCCAGUUAAGAUAUAAGUACCCAUAAGCCACUGUAUCGGUACAAGCACAAUACACUACAACCCAGCACAGCCAAACCUGCACCGCAACCUUCUUUCAACCUCAUCUCUCACACCUCACCUCACCUCACCUCACCAACCACCAACCACCAACCAUCAAAAAACCAAAAAUAAAAAGAUUAAAAUAAAAUAAUAGAAAAAAAAGAAAAUGACCACCACCACCACUACCACAACCCCCUCCACUCAAGAUCGGAAUUCCGUCCUCCUGGUCUCCAACGAUAACCACACCUUCAUCCUGCGCAAAUCCUGCGUCAUGAUAUCCCCCGCCAUAAAGGGCAUGCUGGACAAGAAGAGCAAUUUCGAGGAAGCGCAGUUCAAUCGUGUGGUCUUCAAGAAUAUGAAGUAUGGCUCCUCCAGCUCCUGACUCUUUUUACAUAAGAUCUGUUUGAUUUGUUUUUGGAGUUUUUUUUCUUUCCUCUUUGUAAAUUUGCUAAUGUUUGUUGUGGGGGGGGUUGUCGGUAGUGGGGUUGUGUUGGAGAAGGUUUGCGAGUACUUUUGUUAUCACGAAAAGUAUAAGGAUGCCGUGGAUGUGCCGGAUAUGGACAUUCCGCCAGAGUUGGCCUUGGAGUUGUUGAUGGUUGCAGAUUUUUUGUGUGCCUGACGCGGGGGGGUGGUUCUGUACAGCUGGAAGGUGCUGCGAGGGGUAAACUGGCAAAUUUUUUUGUUUUUGUUUUUUUUAAAAAAAUAAUAAUUCUCAUUUGCCU